AUGGCGUCGAAUACUUCUGCGGCCUCAUGCGCUCAGCCGCCCCUUUCUCUCCUCGUAGAGAACCCUCACAGACCAACUCCUCCCAAGAAGGAAGUCAAGAAGUCGUCGGAGAGCUCUGCUUCCUCCUCUUCAGGAGACCUUGGAAAGUCUUUCAUACAAAGAACUAAACAAAAGUUGAGGGAUGCCAUCUUCAGCUCAAACUCAUGCGCUGUAUCUUCAGUCGACGAACAUACUCCGCCUAUCGAUAUUCCCAAGGCUAAGAUCAACCGCACUUUGGGAGUAGAAGCAACUCCCAGAAUCGACAUCGUCCCUAGAGGCUUCAAGCCUAUGAGACAACCUCCUGCAGCCGAGGUCACGAUCGAGUUCUCCAUACCUGAGAAUGAUCUCUCUCAGGCUAUGCGAAAGACAUGGGCUCGCUACCCUCCGCCUUCAAACAGAGAUUACCCUGUCGAUGAAGUCUUCAACUUCACUCCGAAAUGUCUCGCUCAGCCUAUUGAUCCUGAACCUCUUAUUGACCGAUUCAUUGAACACACCGAAAUCAACUUUACUCAACCUAUCGCUAUUCAAAGCGCUAUUCGCCAUGAGUAUAUGGCUCAUCUUGCUGAUGAAAAGCAUGAACACGAUAAAUAUAUGAACGAGCUUGCCCAAAAGCGCCAUGACAUGGCGGAAAAGAAAGCAAACAAGCGAUACCAGUUCGGCCAGGCCAAGAAGCCUUUCGAUUUCCCUCUAGUUAGCUUUGAUAAGCAGAAGAUUAUCUACGAAGACAAUGUCAACAUUGCCGCAUUAUCGCGCAAGGUGGCUAAGUGCAAUGGGACUAUUGAAGGCAUCAUUGCCGGCGAGUUCAUACGCGAUAAGGACACUGCCCACUUGUCACUUACUGAAGAACAGAUGGCCGUCCUGAGAGAGUCUGCAGAUACCAAGGAUUUGUUUCCAGAAGCCCAUACAGAAGAACUUUCGCUGUAUGACCAAUGGUUGAAAGAUCAGUCCGCAGACACUUGUCCUGUGGCAGACUGGCUCAAGGAGGAAGAGAGCUUCACCAAGAAGAAGGCAUUCAAGGACGCUAUUUCCGAACAGCUCGAGUUCCGCUUCCCUUGUAACCCACGGAACAAUGACACACCCUCUACUACGACUACGCCAGAUGGGCUUGUCUGGGAACCCGAUUACUUCCCAUAUAUGCUUCCCAAGACCGCGAAUGAUCCCGAGCGCUACAACAUGUACGAAGUUCCCCUCUCGGUCCAGGUUCCCAAGUGGUUCCCUGCUCUCUUUGAUUCCGGCAUUCUACCCUUCGACAAGAACCAGGCCACCGAUAAGCAAUACAAGGAGCUUCUUACUACCAUCUGGAAGCUUGAGUCACAAAUGCUCAAGCAGACUACGCCCGACAAACAAGCGGCGGCUAGUGGAAAUGCUGCUUGGAUCCUGAAGAACAAGUACCACAACUUCAACGAGCCGAAGCGCCGCGAUCUCACAGAGACAGACGUUGUGGUCGGAGAGUUCAGUUUCGAUGAUACCUUCGGAUACGGUGACGAUAUCGAAGUCAUGACCCACCCCAAGCAGGCCAAGCCGAAGAAGCCAGAGGUUCUUCUCAAGGAGAUCGCCGAGGGAGUGAAGAAGGCCAUCGCAAAGGUCGGCAGAUAA